GUGAACCAGGCCCUAAAACCCCGCUCCGUUACACGCGCAGACAGGAUAGGAUUUGUCUCCCUCCCCCCGCGCCUCUCCAUUCUCGCCAUGGCCGCGGUCGCCUCCCUCCUGCCGGCCUCCGCCGCUGGCCCCCUUCACCGAGUACCCGCCCCGCUCCCGCGGCACGGCCUCGUCACCGUCCCGCCCUCCCCUGCGCGCAAGGACGGCCCUCGCGGGUGCAGCAUGGUCGGCGCCAGCGUCAGCAACCGCCGCGCGCCUACCGUUCGACGGAACGCCGCCGCGGAGACCUACGUCCCGGGAUCCGGAAAGUACAUCGCGCCGGACUACCUCGUGAAGAAGGUGACGGCCAAGGAGGUGGAGGAGCUGGUGAGGGGGGAGAGGAAGGUGCCACUCAUCGUCGACUUCUACGCGACGUGGUGCGGGCCCUGCGUUCAAAUGGCUCAGGACAUCGAGAUGCUUGCAGUUGAAUACGAAGACAACGCCCUAUUUGUGAAGGUGGACACAGAUGAUGAAUAUGAAUUUGCAAGAGACAUGCAGCAUUGCUGAAACAUACAGGUAAGAGGACUUCCGACACUGUAUUUCUUCAGUCCAGAUCAGAGCAAAGACGCCAUACGCACGGAGGGGCUAAUUCCUAUUACUAUGAUCAGAAACAUCAUUGAUAACGAGUUAUGAUUGUUGUCUGUACCAGCUGAGUUUUUUCUUUCUUUCUUUGGAAUGAAGUUAGUCUUCUGUGCUGGAUUC